CCGAACCCAGCCCGCCACCGCCCCCCGCCCCCACGGCUCGGCGCGCCAGGUGGCACCGCGUCCGCGCUGUCAUCAGGUCGCGAGCAGGCCCAACCCUCCACAGUCCACGCCCCCAAGUCCAAAGAAGUAACCAACCGGCAAACGAAGGCGCUGAUCCCGCAGCCGCGGCCAGCCGCAGCCACCUAGGCCAGCCAAGCCAAACGCGGGAGGGCAUGGAGCGCAGGCAGCCCGCGCCGCAGCCGCCGCCGCCGCGGCGGAAGGGCGCGGUGGCGAGCCGGGAGUGGCUGGUGGUGCCGGCGGCGGGGGAGGCGCGCACGCGGGAGUUCGGGAAGCACCAGAUCAUGGAGAUGACGGGGCUGCCCGCGCGCGACCUCCGCGUGCUCGACCCGCUCCUCUCGUACCCCUCCACCAUCCUGGGCCGCGACCGCGCCGUCGUUGUCAACCUCGAGCACGUCAAGGCCAUCGUCACCGCGAACGAGGCGCUCGUCCCGAACCCCGGCAACCCGCUCCUCCGCCCCUUCCUCUCCGACCUCCACGCCCGCCUCGUAUUCCCGGAUUUGCCUAGCACGAGUCCGGCGACUGAUCGCGGCACAGACACAGAGCAAAGUGAGGGGAACGGGCCAACGCUGGCGGCGUACAGGUCUGGGAGCGUCAAGUUCCUGCCCUUCGAGUUCAAGGUGCUCGAGGUCUGCCUCGAGUACACAUGCAAAUGCUUGGAAUCUGAGACGCUGGCUCUCGAGAAGGAGGCGUACCCGGCCUUGGAUGAGCUGACCUCCAAGGUUAGCACGCUGAACUUGGAGCACGUCAGGCAGAUAAAGAGCCGGUUGGUCGAGCUGUCAGGGCGCGUGCAGAAGGUGAGGGAUGAACUCGAGCACUUGCUGGACGACGAUAUAGACAUGUCUGAGAUGUACCUGACUAGGAAACUCACAUUCCAAGGACUCAGUGAGUCAUUGGGCAUGGUGGAUUCAAAUAAGGAUGCACCCAUCGAUCAUGACGAGGAGAAGGAGGAAGAAGACCAUGAUGAUGAGACAGAGUCUGGCCGUGAAAGUUCUGUUUAUAUUAAGCCUAACAUUGAAGAAUUGGAAAUGCUUCUUGAAGCUUACUUCGUGCAGGUUGAUGGAACGCUGAAUAAAUUGUACAAUCUCCGGGAAUACGUGGACGACACCGAAGAUUACAUCAACAUAAUGCUCGACGAGAAGCAGAACCAGCUGCUGCAAAUGGGCGUCAUGCUCACGACGGCGACCGUGGUGGUCACCGCAGGAAUUGCGGUCGUGAGCUUGUUCGGCAUGAACAUCCACAUCGACCUCAUGAAAGCUGCGGAGACCGAUGAGGAGGCGAGGAUCAAGAACAUGAAGUUUUGGGAGACCACCUGGGGCACGGUUGCCGGAUGCGUUGUGAUAUAUCUCCUAGCUAUCUAUGCUGGCAAGAAGAGUAAAAUCCUGCAGUGAUCGUGCUGUUCUCAGUUCAGCAAACGAUGGAGCAGAGGAAGUGUCACGCAGCAAGCUCUGCAGCAUGAGGCGUCCAUUUUGGAUUGGCACGAGAUUCCUGGGUUGUGUAUACGAUGCAAUAACUACGAUGAUUACGCCCUCGUUCUUCUUCUAGGAUUUAGCACGUUUGAUCCCAUUUUUGGACUAAAUUGGCCUUUUUUGUUUGUUGUUCUAGCAAAGAGAAGGGUCAGUUUGAUUCAUUCGUUGGAGUUGCA